AGACAAACCACAUAGAGGCAUUGUGAAAGGAGGAAGUUGGACCAGCACGAUAAGUCAGAUCGCAAGUGUGCCAUUGUCUGCUUUUUAGAUUGCUCUUUGUAAUUAAGCUUUAUGGCAUGAGUUGUCUUUUUGAAGUGAGGUUGUUCAACUCCAGUCCAUUGUUCAUCUCUGACGGGUAUCAUCACAACCCUGCGAUGAGUAUGCCCCAGAAUGAGGUGGAGAGGGAGGAGGAGUACAGGAACCCUACAGAGGUAAAGAAGAGCCAGAUAGUGAUGCCCUGCCAUGCCAACCACUGCCAAGAGCUUAGCGUGGGCCAGCUGCUUAAAUGGAUGGACUCUACAGCCUGUCUGUCAGCUGAAAGACAUGCUGGAUGUCCAUGUGUAACCGCCUCAGUCGAUGACAUCCACUUCGAGCACACUGUUGGGGUUGGACAGGUGGUCAACAUCCAGGCCAAAGUCAACCGAGCUUUCACCACUAGCAUGGAGGUUGGAAUUGUGGUGAGCUGUGAGGACCUGUUCAGUGGACGCCACUGGAAGGUGUGCCAGGCAUUUGCCACAUUUGUCACCCAGCGCCCCACGGGAGAGAAGGUGUUGCUGCGUCCGUUUGUCCCUCGUACUCAGGCAGAGCAGGUAGAGCACAGUCUUGCAGCGGAGAGGAGGAGAAUGAGGACUGUCCACACUGACAUUAUGAAGGACCUUCUCACCAACCGGGCCUUUCAUCGUGUUGAGGUCCAGGAGACUGAGAUGGCGGUGCCGGCAGAAAGGACACGGGUAGAGAGCGUUGAGCUGGUUCUUCCAACUCAUGCCAACCACCAAGUUAAUACAUUUGGAGGACAGAUCAUGGCAUGGAUGGAGAACGUGGCUACCAUCGCUGCCAGUCGCCUGUGUAACGCCCACCCCACUUUGCAGACCAUAGACAUGUUCUACUUCAGGGCUCCGUCCCACGUGGGUGACCGACUGGUCCUCAAAGCCAUUGUCAACAAUGCAUUCAAAAACAGCAUGGAAGUGGGUGUGUGUGCAGAGGCCUAUCAGGGGGAGGAGCCUCUGAGACACAUCAACAGUGCCUUCAUGACCUUUGAGGUCUGCGACAGCUAUGGCAAGCCCUGCACAUUGCCCAGGAUACGACCCGAACCACUGGAUGGAUGGAGACGCUACCAGGAGGCUAUUGCUAGAAGGAAGAUCCGUCUCGACAGGAAGUACAUUAUAUCCUGCAAGCAGACAGAAGUGCCUUUAUCUGUACCGUGGGACCUUAGCAACCAGGUGUACCUGAGCUACAAUAAUGUGUCUGCUCUGAAGAUGCUGGCCGCCAGAAAUGACUGGGUUUUAAACUCUGAGAAAAACAAGGUGAGCUUGUACACCCUGGAGAAGAAACAGGUAUUGAGUUUCAUGAUUGAGUUUGAAACAGAUAUCUCGGCUGAGAGGGCCUUCAUGCUGCUAUCUGACCUCAACAGAAGAGUGGAGUGGGACCCAAACUAUGAGAGGUGUGAGCUGAUUCAUAUUGUGGAUGAUGAUGACUUUCUGUAUCGCGUGGUGACUCCCUUGGUAGGCUGGGGCUCGGCCAGUCCUUCAGCCAAUCCUCAAGGAAUAGCCCAGGACUUCAUCCUCCUAGCUUCCAGGAGACAGCCGUGCGACAGCGGGGACCCUUAUGUUAUUGCUCUACGUUCAGUUACUCUUCCAACUCAUCCUCCUACAGAGGGCUGCAACCGAGGGGAGGUGCUUUGUGCAGGCUUCAGCAUCCAGGAGGUCUCCAAAAAUGUCUCUAAGAUCUCCUACUUCAAUCAGGCGUCUCCGGAGGUCCUGCCUUACAUCUCGACAGAUAUUGCUGGGCUUUCCUCCAGCUUCUACAGCAUCUUCUGCACCUGCAAUACCUUCCUUCAAGAGAAUAGGGACAAACCUGAUCCUGCCGGAGACCAACAACCCUCUUCCCCAGUGAAAACACCACUGUAACCCACUGCCCUGCACACUCUAAUUCCAUAACACAAGAGUUAGUGUGGUACAAAUGGGUUAAGCACACUGACAUUUGAGGAGCUUAUGAUCUUUAUUGCAUUUGACUGAAUAAUGAAACAAGGCUGAAAUGUGCGCUUUCAACCACAAUUUCCAAACCUAUUUAAUGAUGUCUAUCAUUAAAUAACUCACUAUUUCUAUUGAAACACUUGCCGGUUGAGCAGUCUUUGUGACUGAAGCUCUUGCCAUCUGUGCCCCAAUAAUGAAUCCACUUUCAAAAUCACAUAGUUCCUUUCCUCUUGCUGUCUUGAUUGAAAAUUGAGGUCAGCUGGGCCUGCUCAGCAUUUUUAUACAUCCCACAGAGCAUGAUUAUUCAAGUUUUUCCUAAAAUGUGUCACCUGUUUGAGAAUUACUGUUAAACAAAGGGCAUUACAAAAGAUUGUACACACAUUGCUAAUAUAAUUUCCUAAUUUUACAGUAAAUAUUUUACACUUAA